CGUUCGCGAUCGACAUCCGCGGCGUGCCGGAGGGGUUCAUCUGGUACAACGGCACGGCGCCGGUGUACCGGAACGGGCCGUGGAACGGCCUGCGGUUCAGCGGCGAGCCGGAGAUGGCGCCGGACAACGGCAACUUCCAGUUCGAGUUCGUGGCCAACGGCACCGACGCAUACUUACACGUUCCUGGUAGACGACGGCGGCGGCGGCGGCAACGUGGUCUCGAGGUUCGUGCUGAACCAGUCGAGCCUGCAGCGCUACGUGUGGCUGCAGCAGCAGCAGGCGUGGAGCCUCUACUGGUCGCUGCCCCGGGACCCGUGCGACGGCUACGCGCAGUGCGGCGCCUACGGCGUCUGCGACGCCAGCGCCUCGCCGAUGUGCGGCUGCCCCGCCGGGUUCACGCCGGCCUCGCCGCGGGAGUGGGCGCUGAGGGACGGCUCGGCCGGGUGCGCGCGCAGGACGCGGCUCAACUGCACCGGGGACGGCUUCCUGCCGCUGCGGGGCGUCAAGCUGCCCGACGCCACGAACGCGACGGCGGACGCCAGCGUCAGCCUCGAUCAGUGCCGGCAGCGGUGCCUGGCGAACUGUUCUUGCCUGGCGUACUCUGCGUCCAGCAUAAAGGGGGGCGAGAGCGGCUGCAUCAUGUGGAGCUCGUCGUUGAUCGACAUCCGGCGGUUUGAAUCCGGCGGGCAGAAUCUGUUUGUUCGUCUCGCGGCGUCCGAUUUACCUUCCAAUGGAGACAAUCCCAGCAGGAGAAACACAGCACUUGCUGUUGUCCUCAGCUUAUCCGGUCUUCUUCUUCUCGGCAUCGGCGUAUUCUUUCUGUGGACUAAGUUCUUCAGAAACAAAGAAAGGUAA